GAGAGAGAGAGAGACUGAGAGGGUCUGCUUCCUUUAGUCUAAGCAAAAGAAAGAACGAAACUAAGUAAAAAAAGAACCCUCUGCUUUCACCCCCCGUCGACGCCGUAGAUUUUUUUUCAGGAAUGAACGCCGAGACGUGCGUUUCAUACUGCGACAUGACAUCCAUGGAUUCGUAUUAUAGCGCGUCCGCGGCGCAAGCUAGGGAUCAGCAAGGCAGCAACCCGUUCAGGACAUUUCCAACCAGCAGCGACAACAAAUACAGCCCGACUUUCCUGAGCAGCAGCAGCGGCAACAGCAACAACAGCAGCAGCAAAGUUCAGGCGUACGGAGAGAAGUCUCGGAGCCCUUUCCAACAGGAAUGCCAGCCACUGGAUGGCACCGCUGGAGAAGGCACCUUUAACAAAUACCACCUCUUCAUGCAGAGAUCCUCUUGCAAGACUCCACCAGAAAGCAGCAAACUGCACCAGGACAGCACAGCCAACGGAGGACUCAUCUCCUGUUACGGUAAAGACACCACAGGGUUAACCGACUCAGAGCUGCAGGCGAACACCGACCGUACAGGGAUGGAUGGUAGCUACCUCAGCGUGAAGGAUCCAGGAGCCAAGGUUCCUCAAGAGAGACCCAGCUCGGAGCUCACCUCCCCCCUGGACAAAGGUGAGGGUGAGAGCAACAAGGGCAAGAAGAGGCGCAAUCGCACCACCUUCACGAGCUAUCAGCUGGAAGAGCUGGAGAAAGUCUUCCAAAAGACGCACUACCCGGACGUGUACGCUCGAGAGCAGCUGGCCCUCAGGACGGACCUCACAGAGGCUCGAGUGCAGGUAUGGUUCCAGAAUCGAAGAGCCAAGUGGAGGAAGAGGGAACGUUUUGGACAGAUGCAGCAGGUCCGAACGCACUUCUCCACCGCUUACGAGCUUCCACUCCUCACUCGGCCGGAGAACUACGCUCAGAUCCAGAAUCCCUCAUGGAUCGGAGGCAGUAGUGCAGCGUCCCCGGUGCCAGGCUGUGUCGUUCCGUGUGACUCAGUGACUUCCUGUAUGACCCCUCACCCCCACGCGGCGAGCGGAGUGUCCGACUUCCUGGGCGUGCCCAGUCCCGGAGGUCACAUGGGACAAAGCCACAUGGGCAGUCUGUUCGGCAGUCCAGGCAUGAGCACCGGCAUCAACGGAUACGACCUGAACAUGGACCCUGACCGGAAGUCGUCCAGCAUCGCCGCUCUGCGCAUGAAAGCCAAGGAACACAGUGCAGCCAUCUCCUGGGCCACAUGAUCGCCCCGACGCACCGGCACGGCCGCCCGUAGUGCUCUUUAACAACGCGGGGAGAGAAAAGAGGCUGUGAAGAGGACAAAAAAACCAGUGUGGGUGAAUACCAGAGCGAUCGCCAUGCCAUGUGUGGAAAAGGACAAAGACGGUGAGGGAGUGGACUGACUUGGAGAACAGAAAACUGACAAUAUUAAUGUUAUCACAAAAAAAACAAACAAAAAACAAACAAACCUGUGAAGGAAAAUCUCUUAUAAGGAGGAGAAUCAUCUGAGAUCAAUCUGAUUAUCUGAGAAAUGAGAAUUAACCAAAGAGAACCAUGAAGGAUUUGUAGCUCCUGGGAUUAAACUUAAUAAUAAAAACAACCUCUGCACUUAUCAGAUGAACCUGUAGGUCCAAGGUGUAGAGAAUAAUUACAUAGAAACCGAAACAAGCCUGAGAGUCGUCGCAAAUCUGAUGAAAAUCACUUACACACUUAAUCUGAGAAUUAAAAAAUAAACAGCUUUUCUUUCCAUCGGGGCAAAACGUACACGUACACGUCGUCUGAAUCGUUCUACACAGACGUUGCACUGAAGAUUUUUUUUUUUACAUCCGACAGCGACGUGUUCGUUCCUCAGAGCAGUGUGUGAGACGGUGAGAGAGCGACCCUGAACGUACAGGAACAAUUUACAGGAAGGUGUAGAAGGUGGACGGCUUUAAGCUUUAUGACUUACAGGAAGGACGCUUAUCCUCAGAGUUACAGGUUUGUCCACAGGCGUCUGAUGACAAAGUUCAGUUCGGUGUGAGAAGUUUUGGAUUGUUAUGACGUUUUUUUUUCUUCAAUCCACCGACAGGAUGACGGCAGACUUAUGAGACGUAACUAAACCACGUUAACAUAUUUCCUGAAGCUCAGUGUGAGGAAUGGUGUGUUAAAUGAGCCUGUUUUCUGCACCUGCUGAUUCUCCAGUCAUGCUGAUCGAUGAUGGUACGAAGACGUUUUCUUUCGUCGCCGGUUUAUCGUUAAGAGGAUCUUUGUCGUAAUGUAUCGUGAAUGUAUAGUGAAAAACUACGAGUCGCUACAUGAUCCUAACAAUUUUUGUUUCAUUCGAUUUUUUUGACCAAUCGCUAACUUCGUCUAGCCCCGCCCACAAGUCCUAGCAUAAAUAUCGUGGUACCGGUGUCGCAGCGUGACCCAAAUUUAGCUCAGGUUUACAUCAUACGCAUGGAAAUUUCAGCAACAUGGAGGAUUAUGGGCAAUUUGCCUUCCGUACAUCUCUGGUUAAAUGAAAUUUGACAUUUGUAUCACAGUGUAAAUGCUGCAUCUUAAAAAAAACAACGUAAUGUAUUCCACUUCUGUGCAGAGCUAGCAAUCUGUCACGAGUAACAAAAGAGCUAAAGCCUUUCCCCUCUCCAAGAGCUUCCCAGGUGAGACGGCUCUUAACGGCAGCCCCAAGCCGCACUUUAGCGAGAUGACGGAUUUGUUGAAAUACAUUACCCGUAUUUCUACAUCUCAAUCCAAAUUUAUUUUCUCUCCUGGAGAGGAUCAGGGCAAGACGUUUAACCUGAAGUGACGACGCUCGUGUCCGAGAGCUCGGACGGGGUUUUUUACAUGCACCGUACAGCGAUAACAAUAACGUCAAACAUCAUCACGGCUCGUAGAGGGACCAGAUUUCUGGAAAGAUCACGAAUGAAGAGUGUAAUUUGACAGUGGUUUGGGACAUUAGGCAGGAAAAAAAAAUUAGAAAACUUCUUAAAGUUCUUUUGCAAACUGUAACUUGCUGCCCAGGCCCGAGGUUUCAAAUGCUGAGUGCAGAAGAACUUGUGCUGAUUCAGUCGAGACCUCUGGAGCGUUUAUCUGAGCGUACGAUCUUCCAGCGGGGGCCAGUUCAAAUACGAUACGUAUAAACAUUUAAAAGCAGGCUCGAGUUUGAUCCUUGAUUCAUUAUUUGUUUGGCAGCGGUCCCUCGGAGCGGGAGAGACGUCCAGCUUUCUGCACUCGACUCUGACACCGUCUCUCCUUCUGCACUUUUCUAUCUUCAUCGGCGGAAAUUUUACUCAACGUGCGCUAGAAGCCAGAACCUUUAAGUCUGAUUGUUGGUUUCUUUUUUCUUCCUUUCUUCCGGAUUCCAGAUAUAGAUCAGGUAAAAGCAAAUCUGUUUUAAAUUCGAGGAAGAAUCCGAUCCGUGUUUGGACAAGCCGUUUCCAGUGUAUAAAUGGGAACCACGUUUAGGUCAUCGUUCUGGGAGGCUUUUCGAUCCCUCGCCUUUCGAACGUGAAGAGGUUUAAUUGUGUUAAUAAAUAGAGAUGAGCGAUCGGCGCUGGCGUUUAACGCUUCCACGCUCACGCUUGAGGUCAAAGUUUGAAGUAGAUGAUGCUAAAACAAAAAAGAGGCGAGGAAGAACGGAAGGAAGGAAGCUCGUUUCAUCGUGAUAUUUGUUUAGUUCCAGAUAAGACUCUUGUUUAUGGAAGUUUAGAUUGAACCAGAACUGAACGGAGACAUUUUAAUCCUUAAAUUAGUUUUUAUGACUUAAAGCAUCAGUUUGAUCGAUUUAGCUCUGUUUUGUUUCACGUUAACAUUUUUAUCUAGAGCCAGUAAAUAAAAAGUUCCUCACUAAAUGCUUUGACCUAAAUAACUGAAUUGGAACAAAAUGCUUGUGAUUAGCUGCAACAGAGGAUCGGCUACAGAAAGCAGGCUCAUUGUAUUUCUCACCACCUACGUGGUUUGGUACCAUGACAACGGAAAGGUACGAAAUGUGGCGAAAUUCCGACGUUUCUGACGAGUCAGGUCGAUUAAAAACGUUCUGACGUUUGCGUCUUGGCCAAACACUUUCCAUGAGUUUAACUAACUGUGAUGAAAGACGGAUGGGGUGAGGAACCCAUGAUUAUCUCAAGAACGCUUGAAGAACCUUUGUUUACAGUUCAGCUCGAUACCCGGUACCGCUUGGAACCUGUUAUCGAUUGGGAGACACUACACAGAACCUAGAAGGGUUCUGAAUCUCCUUAAAGUGUUUUAUGAUGGGAUGAUGUCCAGAGUUUGACCUGAAAUAAAAUGACAGAAAAAACAAUUCUUGAAGGGUCAGUUACCCUAAAGGGACUGAUUGCAUUGAAUGAAACAACCACUGGAUAAUGACGUGUUCUCAACUUCUGUCAGAAAAGGUUCCAAGCGAAGAACCCGCAAUCACCCAAUUGACCCCGUUUGCCUCAUCUGAAUUCUCGGCGUUCUGAAAAGGUUCUGCUUGGAACCAGUUCUGAUAUGAAAACACUACCUAGAACCAAGGCUUCAGUAGGACACCAGUGCGGGUUUUUCUGAAAGGUUUCAGAGAGAAUCGUUCCUGAAGUGUUCUUAGUUCUACAUAAAAACUACAUUUACUAUCAGAAGGGGUUCUUAGUACCCUUUGUUGCACAAUAAGAAGCUCUAAUUUCUCAGAUCUCCUUAAAGAAAGGCCGAAGAACCUUUUUUUCUGCUCAUUGUUUGAUACCUAGAAGCUCAGAAGUUCAGCUUCUUGGUGCUUAGCACAAAGAACAUUUUUUGAUUUUUUUUAUGGGUUUCAGAGUGCUUCUGCUUGGAACCCCUGCUGUUUUAGGGUUCUACACAGAACCUAGAAGGGUUCUAGUCAGAGUCCAGAAUUUUGAAAGAAGUUCAACUUGCUAAAGAGUCAGGUUGGGUUCUAAGCUUUUGGUUACAUCAACGGAUCCAGUUUCUUUUUUGCAUGAAAACAUGAGUGUAUACUGUAGAUGUUUCUGAGGGUUAGCGCUCUUCUUCUGUUCCUCCUUUCUCGUUCCUGUACUGUGUCGGACGCCGGUUUUGCUCUCGGGUUGCUCUGAGGGCUGAAGCGACAAGUGAUAUCGUGUUCCAACGUUCUGAGAAAGGACGGUCUGCGCAGCUGUGUGUGGAGUAAAUGCAAAACAAACAUGCCUCGCUCAUGCUCGCGCUCAGCUGUCAAGGCUCCUCUUUCACAAAGCCGCACACUGCACCGGGUUCCACUCGUUCUCUCACGCUUUAAAAACCACGACUCUCGGACGCUCGUGAACCUUUCUUAAUUAUCGCCAGGACAACUGGAUUCAGCUCAGCCACAAGAACUCAGGUCAAUCAAACGGCUGUGGGAUCGUUUCCAUAAAAAAAUUAAAAAAAUAAAAAUUGCACGUUCUACUAAGCAUUAAACCCAAACUGAUAGCUGUGUACAGAUGAAAAGAAGAAAGAGAAAAAAAAAGAAAGAAAAUCUGAAUGAAGUCCACCUCUGUGUCGUCCCUUGUCACUUCUAAUACUACUGAAGAAGGCAUAUCCAAGGUCUAGAAUAAUAAUAUAAUGCUUUAUGUGUGCGGGCAUGUACAAUUUUUUGUGCGUUAAAUUUUUUUUUUUUGUGCGUUUUUUUUUUUUUUUUUGCUGUUUAGGAAUUAAAAAUGUAAUUAAUUUGUUGUAAUUAUCCUUGCAAGGAAUUUAAUAUUAUUUCGUGUGUGAGGUUGGGGUUUGUG